AUGUCCCAUCCCCCGGCAGUACAGCGCAAUCUCACUCUUACGGAGGAGCUAGAGAAGCUUGAACAGUCCAUCACCCUGACAUUGCAAGAAAUCGAUUCCAAUUUUAAUAGAGCCCACCGGAUCGUUACAUCUAGCAUUAUACCAAUAGUUGAACAAUACGCAGAAAAUUCUAAAGACGUGUGGGAGGCUUCAAAGUUCUGGAAACAAUUUUUUGAAGCAAGCGCCAACGUUUCCUUGUCUGGCUACGAGGAACAACCGCCAAAUAAUGAUGGACAGGACACUACUAUAAAUGCCGAUACAACCGCUACAGUUGAUUCAACGUACCAGGAAGAAUCCGAAUCAUAUGCUUCACCCUCCUCAGAGCAUAUAUCAAUAAACCAUAAAAUUAAGGAUGAAGACGACCCUGACCUUUCGACUCUUUCGCUAUCCCCUUCACACAGCACUCCGCGUGCAAGAAGCAUACCUUCUCGUGCCAUGGCCGACGAUAGCACUACAACUCCGCAAAUGGAAUACUCUUCAACAUUUGACCAACAUGAAGAUGAUUUGCCCGCUAUCGAAUCACCCCUCCAGCUCUGUGAUCCAGGCCCAAGGACUCCCAGGAAAGGAAACCAGUCUGGUUACAACGAUAUUGUGACACCCGAUACUUCCUCAUCUACUGUGUUCAAUCCUACAUCUAAGUUUACACUAUCUACGGCUCUUAAGGGGGAGAAGGCCGACCCUCUUAUGCACCAGGUACUAGAUAAAACAUAUCGUGUUCAGGCAACUCCAUUGACCAGCUCACGGAAAUUCACUACCACUAAGGCGGGUAAUAAAUUCAACGUCACUACUUUACCUACUUCCCGGUAUAAGUUGGAUGACUCCCCUCUUUCAAGUCCAGAACCAGAGGCGCCCAAACUGCACACAGAGCUGUUCGACUCGCCUAUGAUUCGACGAAGUGCAAUCAAGCGCAAUAACAGCAAGACCAGAACUCCUGGUGUUAGCGUACUAGCAACACCUUCAAAUAAAUUCAAUGGAGGCCCAAACCAGUGGGACAGUGAUGAAGAAAUCAAGAAAGGUGGAUUUGUGGAUGACGAUGAUGAAGAUGACUCGGCACUCGUUGACUUUAGCCCACCAAAGACCAUGCAGUUUCAUGUGCCACAGAGUCGACUAAUGAAAACUCCUGCGAAAGAAGCAUCAAAACGUAUUGUCUCAGAUUUACUCUACACUGCUGGUGCGAGCGAACUGACUGAUGACCUGGACGAUAUUUAUGACGACCCUAACAGCAGCCCAAGCAUUGUUCGCCGCUCUGGCCUAGAUGAUGAGACGUUUUGA